AUGCUCUCUCCAAAUGCGGCCUUGAUCGCAAUCAAUUACAUCCUCUUCCUCUCCCUCUACAAUACACUCACCAUGGCCCUCCAGCCGCCACGGCUGGCGUACUACCCUACAGCAGAGGAAGCGCAUAUUGCUCUACAAGCGCACGCAUCAGCGCAGGGCUACGGCCUAGCAAAAUACCGUACUCCGCCGCCAGCACCGCCUAUUUCUGUAGUCCCUCGUCCAGCUCCUGUCGCUCGGAAUGCCUAUCAGUCGACGGCUACACCGGUUGAUCUUUCUCGUAUUGAUCCAGCCCUUCUUAGGCCUACAGCUGCAUCUACGGCAGCACCUACGGCAGCACCUACGGCAGUACCUACGGCAGCACCUACGGCAGUACCUACAGCAGCGCAUACAGCAGCGCAUACAGCAGCGCAUACAGCAGCGCAUACAGCAGCGUUUACAGCAGCGUUUACAGCUACACCUACGGCUGCACCUGCAGCUAAGAAGCGCGGCCGGCCGCCUGGUGCAAAGGAUAAGGUACCACGGAAAAAGGCACUUUAGAGGAAAGAUAGUACUCAGCCUACGCCUCAGCCUAUGCCUCAGCCUCAGCCUCAUCCUCAAGUACAGAGGCUUAGCCGAGAGGAGCUUCUACGUCAGCUUGCAGCGUAUGAUGAGGAAAUCGAGGGGUAUAUUGAUCACGGUGAAGAGUAGAUGUGGGCGGCGAUGCUAGGGGGCCAGGCUCGAUGCAAAGGAGCCGUAAUAAGGUGAGGGUUUGACGGAUCUGGCAUACUUGUAGGCACGUAGGCACUUCUAGAAUAGAA